CCUUCUUCUUCCUUUAGAGAGGAAACUCACACUGACGUCAAGAAACCAGGGAGAGAGAGAGAGAGAGAGAGAGAGAGCGAGAGAGAGAGAGAGAGAGAGAGAGAGAGCUCAGUGUUAAUUAGUCGCUUUAAUAUAUCACUGUUUAACUGAAUCUAUCCUCACAUCUCACCAACAUCAUCCGUGUUUAGUGACUGCAGGUCGGACAGGAAACACUCAGCUACCGAGGAGCGACAGACGAGAGGAAACUAAACGACAUGGCUGAUCUGUUGAGGCAGCUGCUCCGGGUGGCUGAGAAGGCGGCUAAUGUGGCUCGGGUCUGCCGGCAGGAGGCUCCCCUCUUCCAGCUCCUCGUACAAGAGAAGACCGGAGACGACAAGAACAAGAAGUUCGUCCAGGACUUCAAGACGCUGGCGGACGUGGUGAUCCAGGAGAUGAUCCGGCAUGAUGUUGGUGCUCAGUUCCCUGAGAUGGCUGGCUUCAUCCAUGGAGAGGAGUCCAACAAGUUUGAAAACGGGCUUGGAGAGAGUGUGACUGUCACGGUGUGCGGUACAGAGGAGGAGACGGCGGCGCUGCUGGCCACGGUGCUGGACGGCGACCACACGGCGGCGUCUCUGCUGGCUCGAGCCAUCCACCAAGAUUCGGCAACCGUCGACGCCAGCACAGACGGUCUGACGGUGCCCCUCAGCCCCUCUGAGCUCGGUAUCUGGAUCGACCCCAUAGACGCCACCAGCCAGUACAUCGAGGGCAGAGAGGAGGUGCUGGAGGAGGGCCACCUGUUUCCUUCAGGUCUGCACUGUGCUUUGGUCCUCAUCGGGGUUUAUCUCCGGAGCACAGGCGAGCCCGUCAUGGGCGUCAUCAACCAGCCGUUCAACUACAAAGACCCAUCAAGUGGAGGCUGGAGAGGGAAGCAUUUCUGGGGGGUGUCUUUCGGCAGCAUCAACAUCUGCUCAGUGUCCCGGCCUAAAGACGGACCUGGAGGCGGGCUGUCUGCGGUUCUGAGCUCCAGUGAGAAGCAGGUGGUAAAGGAAGCCCUGACCUCGCUGUGCGGCCCCGACAAGCUGAUGUACGCCUCUGGAGCCGGCUACAAGAUCCUGUGUGUCAUCCAGGGCCUGGCUGAUGUUUACGUCCUCUCAGAGGGAAGCACCUUCAAGUGGGACUCCUGCGCUCCUCACGCCCUGCUGCGAGCCCUCGGAGGGGGGGUGGUGGACCUGAACAAGUGUCUACAGUCUGGAGCACCGGAUCACCAGACAGAACUGACCUAUCACCAGCCGUACACCGAGUGUAAAGGAGCAGACCGCUGGGCUAACCAAGGCGGCCUGGUGGCCUAUCGGGACUGUUCUCAGCUCAGCAGCGUCAUCGGACUUCUGAAAGGCAAGCUGUAGUUUGAAGUGUAAUCAGCACGAGCUGAAGCAGUUAUUGAUGCAUAUCCGAUCAUAUAAAUGUUUUCUAUAUCAGUAGAGAGAGAAGGAUGGGGGGGUAGAGGGGGAAAUAUUUUAGAUAUAAAUAAUAUUGUCUUAUUUGUAACCAGAUAUAUUUACAGGUGUAUAUUUUACAAGAUGAACAUCCGGUCUGGGCCAAAUGAUGUAAUCACAAGAGUGUUUUGAUCCUCACAAGGCUGUCGAGAUUCAGGUUUGAAAGAUGUUCUGACAGCAAAAUGACAUGUAGAGUACAAGUAAUCCCCUUUUUUUAAAUGGAGGAAAAGAAAAACAGGUGAUGCUUAUCAAUCAAACCCAAAAUAUAUAGAAGCCUGUCUUGCUCUGGAGGUCAUUAUCGAAGAGAACCGUGUGUCUUUUUGAUUUUAAAAAACACACAGGAAAAGAAAUAUGCAGUUUAUCUGUGUGUUCCACUGCUCAUACUAACAUACUAUUUAGUAUGCAAAAAAAGAUUUAGUAUGUCUCAAUACAUAGUAUGUCAUAUGCAGUAUGUUGUAAAAAAUAAAAUACCAGGAUGUCCUACAUCCGGUUUGUUUUCUGGCAAUUCUGACUCACAAUCCUCUGUGCAACAGAUAUAUGAGCAAGAGGGUUAAAGUUCAAGACGUAAUGACAGAGUAGUAUGUCCCAAUUGUAUGCAUACUCUAUGCAACAGUACGUACUUUGUAAAGGCAGCUGCAGUACGUAUUAAAAGUAAAAAAGAACAAAUAUGUGAUUUGUAACGCAGCUUUUGUUCCCAGUUGAUAAAAACUGUUGAUACGUCAGGGAGUGGAGGUCAAAGGGUGGCGUGACGGAUGUACAUCUUACCAGACGAGUGGGACUUAUCACAUGGGACGGCAGGAAGUUCAGACAAUCACGAGAAUGUUUCAGUCAGUUUUACUGUUGACUUCUAUGAGCUGUGACGGAUUCAACAUGUCAGCUUCCUCCUUGCAGCUACAACAAAGUUAGCAUUAUUCAGCUCAGACCUGAUUUAUUAAACAUAGUUAAGCCUUGUAACAGUGUGUCUACAUGUUGCAUAUAGAAAGAUAAUCAUGUUAGUUAGAAGAAGGAACAGUGCUCACUGCUGGUCAGCUGAGGAACGCUUCACUGCCAGAGGGAAAGAUAAUGUGGCAUCAUAAAACUGCUUCUGACUGAUCUGGAGGAUUUUCUUGGGUUUAAAUUGCAGUUAUGAAACAUGAUAUUACAAUUCUUCCACCUUAUCUUAUCUGUGAAAGGUUAUAAUAAGUCAAGUGAGUGAAUGAGGCUGGGAUCAAGCUGCCUGCAGUAAUCUGCACCUCCUCUGAAACAACUCCUUUUAAGGAGCAGACGGUAGACGUGCCCUGCCCUCUUUCCAUGGCCACAGCUCCGUUUGGUUAAUAAGGUCAGAGAAUGGAAAAGCCAUAUGAGGUAAAACAGUGACACCCUUUCAGCCCUUUUCAGUGUGGGUUUACAGUAAAAUGAAAUAUUGAAGGAUGUGACCCAACAGGCUCCUCUAAUAGAUUCUUAUCAAUGUUUAUAAUGAUACAUGUAACCUUGCUUUCAUUGUCACUGUGUAUGUUAAAAAAUGGUAUAACUUUGAUAUGUGAUGUUAAAUAACUGAGAAAUAAUGUAUGUAUACAACAGAACAACAAAUGUGCAUAUAGGAAAUCCUCUUUUAUUUUGAAAACCAGAGAAAGCGGGGGAAAGAAACCCAACAGUGAAAUUUUUAAAACUGUUUGCCAGCCAGGGAACUCGCCUCAUAAUUCCCUACAAAAAAAACCCUGAUGAUUGUCAGAUAUUUUUUGCAAUACUUCUGCAUAUUCUGUUUAAAAACUUGGAAAAGAAAAAAGAAAAAAAUCUGUAGUGUGGCUCUUCUUUCGUUGACCUCUUUGUACUUCGACCUGCUGCUACCUUUAACAUACAGCACUGUACAUUCUCAAGUCAAGGUGUGGUAAACGACAACGCGCUCUGCUCAACGUGGUUUCAGCUGUGAAUCCAGUUUCCCAGACAGGGAAGUUAAGUUGAGAUAGAUAUUUGAUGACAUAUAUGAUCUAAAAAAUCUGUUUUUCUGAACAUGUGGAUAGGAAUUUAGAUAUUCCAGGCUUAAAUGAGUAUGUAAAAUGAAAAAAAUCUGUGAAUUAAAUAUUUUUUAAAGU